UCACGAGGACAGACAGUAAAUCCAUGAUGCUUCAUGAAGAGGUAAAGACAGGGAUCCAGACAGCAGCAUCACUGUGGAUGUAAAAUCGAGGCUUUCUAAGAGUCAGAGAGAGACAUACAGAGAACAUCUACCAUGGAGCAUCAUUCCAGGUCAAUUCAGCAGGAUACUUCAGGUGGGAACGCCUCCCUUUCUCCACCGACUCUCACUCCAGCGAUUCCUCCCUACGUCAAACUGGGCCUGACAGUCGCCUACACUGUCUUCUACUCCGUCCUCUUCGCGUUCAUCUAUGCUCAGCUGUGGCUGGUGUUGCGUUACCGGCACAAACGUUUCAGCUACCAGACGGCGUUCCUGUUCUUGUGUCUGCUGUGGGCAGCUCUGCGCGCACUCCUCUUCUCAUUCUAUUUCAGGGACUGCAUGACGGCCAACGCACUCGGACCAUUCUCUUUCUGGCUGCUCUACUGCUUCCCCGUGUGCCUGCAGUUCUUCACCCUCAGCCUCAUGAAUCUGUACUGCGCUCAGGUGUUCUUCAAGGCCAAAUCGAAGUAUUCCCCUCACCUCCUAAAAUAUAAGUUUCCUCUGUAUCUGCUGUUUGUUGGUGUGAGUCUGUUGUUUCUGCUGGUCAAUCUGACGUGUGCUCUGCUGGUGAAGAUGACCGACACACAGGUCAAGAUUAUCGUCCUGGUGCGCGUCACCAUCAACGACUCUCUCUUCGUUCUCUGCGCCGUCUCUCUGUCCGUCUGCCUCUACAAGGUGGCCAAGAUGUCUCUGGCCAGCAUCUACCUGGAGUCCAAGGGCACAUCCGUGUGUCAGGUGACCCUGAUUGGUCUCACAGUGAUACUCCUGUACGCAUCACGGGCCUGUUAUAAUUUAGUGGUCCUGGCUCUCACAGAUAUCGAGACCAUUAAUUCGUUUGAUUACGACUGGUACAACGUGUCGGAUCAGGCGGAUCUGAGGUCUAGUCUUGGCGAUGCCGGUUAUGUCGUGUUCGGUGUGAUUCUGUUCGUGUGGGAGCUGCUGCCCACAUCCCUAGUGGUUUAUUUUUUCCGAGUGCGCAAACCCGCUCAGGACAGGAGCGGUUCUGCGAUUCCCAGCCACGUUUUCGCCAACAGACCAUAUUUCUUUGACAACCCCAGACGUUAUGACAGUGAUGACGAUUUAGCCUGGACCUCCAACCCUGUGACCACCUCAAAAAGUUUGUCUACAGACUGCUAUGAUUGGGGGAGCCGGAGCAGCAGUUUCCUGGUCCAUUUGGGAGGAGAUGACCAACGGUUGUCCACGACAACAGCGGGACUAAGCCGUUAAUGCCGCAGCUUAUUAAUGUAGUUGUACAGUUGUGCUAUCUCAAUUGCACCGCACUUUAGUCGGACAACUACAGUACAUGCGCAUAUAAAUACGCACAAGCAGUUCCAUUAUACAUGUCAAAGAGAAGGCCCACUGCAAAUGCGAGUAUCCAUGGCAACUAACUCCAGAGCAAUGUGCAAUCGUCAUGGUAACCACAGCUCUAAACCAUGUGAUCCUACAGAAGAGAGGACCAUGGCUGUGUUCAGAAUUGCAUAUUAACAUGCUGCAUAUUACACAGUGUUUAUUUUUAUUAUACUAUUUAAAAGAUAAACAGUAUGCAAGGAUAAACAUGUCAAACAUUGAUCUCAUUAUGUUGCAUUUUAAUUCAGUCAGUGGCGUACAUUCUUUAAGUCUGACAUCCAUUUUUGUGUAGGACAUUUGUUAUGUAAGUUUUUCUACUGGGGUAAAUCUUGGGGUGUCAUCAGAGGACUCUCUGGGCUUUUCAGAGAUACCAAACGUUUGAGAGUUUGGCCAUGACAACUUCCUCUCCUUGAUCUAUAAAUAUGGAUUGAAACGUAUCACAGUUAAAUAAUAAAAAAAAAGUUUUAUCAUCUGUAUUUAAUGCACCAAACACUAUAUUGACAUUUAGAAAAGCGAUAAAUUGUAAAACGUUUUUCACUGGGUCUCAAGUAGUGGUGAGAUGAAUGAUCUUUAUAAUGACAGAGCAGGCCACAUAUAUAUAAAUACACAGAAAUAUUAGUUCACAUUUUAAAUAUAUAUUAUAACAUGUUUAUGUCAUAAUUGUAAAGCUCUGUGAUGUUUGUUGUGGUGUGCAUGAAUGUAAUGUAAUGGUGAUUGAGAGAUAUUCUUCAAAAGCCUGUUGAUAAUAUGGAUUUCAAAGGGGCUUUUUCAAUAAAAUAAUUUAUAAAAGUUUAAUCAAGCACAAGUUGCUUAUAAUCAGAAAAUACUCAUUUUAAAAUAUCAGUAACAAUAUAAUCAUUACUUUUACUUGAUUAAAUUAAGCUGUCAUUUAUCCCAACAUAUAAGUCACUUUACGUGCAAGUCCACCACCAUUUAAAUUGAUAAACAUUGAAACCACAUUUUCCACCAUUAACCACUAGAUGGUGCCUUAAACAUGUGACACUUACAUACCAAUUGAUUUUUGGCUCAUCAGCUUGAACAGAGAGUGAAACAGGAGUCAUCAAACGUGUUGCAUCAUAUUUAAAUAAUGAGCUCAGUAUGUACAGUAAUGUGCAAAUGUUUUAGGCACUUAAGAUGUUUCACAAAAGCAUUUGUCUUAAGAUGGUUAUUUAUAUCUUCAGUUUUAGUGUGUCAAUGGGAAAUAUCAAUGUUAGACUCCCAAACAUUACUUUUGUAAAUCGAAUAGAAGAACAGGGGGCCCUGCAACAGAUGGCAUUGGCAUUGCCCACACAAUGUCUGCCACUGAACAUUGAGUCAGUUUCAGAUUACAAGAAGAGACAGAAACAACUGAGACAGCCGAAAUAGACAGAAGAACUGAGGUGAAUUCUCCAAGAAGCUUGAACAUCCGAUCUGCCAACAACCAAGAGAAACUGUGUCCAGGUGUAUCUAGGAGAAUUAGUGCUCACUAUGCAACAUUUUUCACGUGCCUAAAACAUUUGCACAGUAUGUAUACUGCAGAACGUACUGUAUGUAGUAUGCAAUUCUGAACAUGGGACAUGUCUCCAGAGCACGCUUCUAAACUGUGUGAGUAUUUUCAUACAUCAGAAUUUAGUAGUUGAUUUAAUCAGGACUAUAAUAUAACAUGUAUAAGGCAUGAAUUGACGUAACUUGCUUUGUCAUUAUUUAUCUAAAAAAUGUAUUUAAAAAAAAAAAAAAUUAUUGUUUGUCCAGUGAGGUAAAGCACAAUUAAAGUUCACAACUGAUGUCUUAAAAUAAUGUGUAUUAUAAAUGCAUUUAAUGUUUAUUUCAGUGAAUAUGUGGAAACAUUUUAUUCUCAUUUGUUGAUUUGUUAUAAGGACAUUUGAUCACGUUGUAAAUCCACAAAUGAUGUGUGACAAGUUUCCAGCCCGGAUUAAAAGUGACUUAAUUGCAACCAAUCAGAACAUUUAUUUAAUGUUUAAACCUUCCUUGGUCAUAUGGGUAAAUUUGACACUUUUGAUUUUUAACACUGAUUUACAUCAACUUAAGUAGUUUUCAGCCUGAAACUUCAUGACAUCUACAGAGGUGAUCUGAACCUGGCAAAGUCAUUUUUUUAAAUUCAUGUUUUUAUACAAAAAGCUACAAAUAUUCCCUACAUUGACCUUACGGGUCAAAUUGGUCAAACUUCAAAAGCUUAUAAUAAAGGCUCUGUUUGUUCUAUCUCUCUACUUCUAAAUCAUUCGUUGACGUGCCAACACUAGAAAAAAAUACUUUUUCCUCUAUCACAACAUACAGAUCUGAAAAGAUGGGGAUGCCGCAACGUGGUUUGUGACUCCGCCCAUAGACAUCCAGUCUGUUUUAGGAAGCCCCACCCUGUCCCCAUGGUUUGUGGAAUAUCUUGGCCUCUGAAUGGACUACAAAUGUGAUCUUGGUGUCAUUUGAAUGCUAAGAACAUCAGGUUUCAAUGAUGUCUAAAAGUUUAUCAUCAUUUUUCAGCAACAUAUUCAAAUUAUGAUUUAUAUAAUUUUUUUGCUGAACUGCAUUUUCUAGAAAUUUGAGACAUAACAGUGGUUUAUUUACCCAGACAAGCUGAGAGAAUAAGUACAAAUAGACUCGUUUGGUAGAAAACAACCUAAGGUAAGAGCUGAUGUAGAGUUUGUGGCUAUUUGGGGUUUACAGAAGCAGUGAUCGGAGCUGACAUUAGGUUUUUUGUUUAUUCACAAUUUCACUUUGAAUCUCUUUUGACAUUUUCAACUAAAUAAUCCAAUAACUAAUAAACUUAAAUUGCAUUUAUUCUCCUUUUGUUUUUAAAGGUGUUUAUUAUAUCUCAUUUGAACAUACAAGCUUGUGUUUACAUUGGUGUCUGUUGUCAAUGAGUGUUUGUGGGUGUUUGUGUGGAUGUACUUAUGUGUUGUGUGUGUUUUUAAAAUAACAUUUUGACCUUUUCUAUAAUUUUACGGCGAGGCUUCUCAAAAAAGACUGGAUGUCUAUGGGCAGAGUUGGGGCUCCCCCUGACUUUCAGAUCUGUAUAUUGUGAAAAAAGGUGAUAGACAAAAAAUACUUGUUUCUACCAUUAGCGGUCACCUAGAUUAACAAAAAGUAUAGAGAGCAGAGAGAGAGAGAGCAAACAGAGCCUUUAAUACAAGCUUUUGAAACUGAACAUAAAAAGGGUCAAUUUGACGCUUCAGGACAAUGUAGGGACUUGAUCGUUAAGACAAAGGAGGGUUUAAUAAUUUGGAUGGCGGGAUUAUCCAGCGCAAUGCCACAGAAAACAAGUGAGUGCCAAAAUUGGCUAGUUUUCCAAAAACUCUGAUUUAUAUGCUAGCUCGUGUUAUUGCACGUCUCUUUAUCGUGUCUCACCAGGUUUGGACACUUUGUAAAUUAUUUGUUGUUUAAAUAUACUAGGAUCGAUGUUGUUGACAAAAGAAACAAUGAAAAUUGAAAGAAAGACAAAAAUGCUGUGAGUGACAACCAGAUAAAUGUAUUUAUUCCUGUUAAAUAAAUAUUCUUGACACAAAAACAAUAUAGAAGCAUCUUUAUCUUUUAAAUGUCUGAUGUCGGUCUUUCAGAAACGCCAGAGGAUGUUCUGAACAUUAUAAAGGCAGAGAUCUCGACUGAGGUUGUGAUGGGCAGAUUUAUUCAAGUUUUUAACAAUUAUCAGCAGGCCGACAGGGAGAGAGCCCAUAGAGUUGGAACGCCCCUCAUUUCACGCAUUUAUUUUGGUUUAAUACAACUUUUGGGCUAAUUUGAUUUACUUUCAGCUACCAAGAAGAGCUGUGGUUGCAGAUACACCUGCUUAUUAUUCUUCCAAAGAUGCAAUAAUAUCAAAUAUCUGACCCAAUCGUAGGCUGUCACCGCUUCUCCGUUUUGACCUUUUUGAGCUAAACAUGAACAAUCAGGCCUUUUAACAAUUACAGAAGACAGAAAUCAUAAUCACAGGAGGCAGACAUGAGCAAUAUAUACAGUGUGUGUGUAUUUUUGGAAAUAUUAAGGCAGACAAGUUGAACACAUUGAAUGUUCUUUUUUUGUCGAAAGCAUGUGCUGCUCAGUCCGACACACACACACACACACACACACACACACACACACACACACACACACAC